UUUGUGACUACCGUCAAACCUAGACGUGUUUUAAUUACAUUUCGCUACUAGAAAGUCUUAUUACCUCUCGAUUCUAAAGACUUUACAGUGACGUACGAGGAUAGAAUUUUUUUACUUAAAAGUGUUUUAGCCUUGCAUGAGUUUAAUUUUUCGCGUGUGAUUUUGCCGUGCAAGCUUUUAGUGAAUUGAAGCAAAUUUCACGAUUUUUUAACCAAGGAGAUCGGCAACAAUAACCUUGCUUUGUGCUUUUGUUGGUGAAGAAAGACUGAAAAGUGACAAUUUUCCCAAACUGAUUUUGGAGUAGAACCAUUUAGAGUAACGCCAUUUUGCCGAUACGUGGUUAAUUUUUGUCGACGAUAAUUUUUUACACACACCUUUUUUUUCACAUCACACAUUUACAGCGAACAUUUUGCGCAAACAUCACGAACACCAGCAAUUUUUUUCUCAGUGUGCGAAUCAGUGCCGCAGCAAAUCCCAGCGACUGGGAACGGAAAAAAAGGAAAUUCACGGAAAGUUGACAGUUCCGAACCGAGUGUGAGUGAGCAGUGUGUGAUCGAGGAGAGCAGAGUUCACCACUAUCAAGAACGUGCUGGUCGGCUGUUUGGUGUGACUGACCGGCAUCAUCAACAAAAAAGUGCAUCAAAAGUGCAUCACAGUUCAACGAACUGGCUUUUUGUUGGUGAACAACGUCGCCAGUGGAAAAGUGAAUUAGUUUUAUUGCUACUGACUGGAGAGUGAACCGAAUUGCCACUGCUGCUGCUGAAACCUGAAGAGGAAGCUGCCAUCGUGAUUUGGCGCCGUUGGAAGAGCUGUGCGAAAUCUCCAUCGCUAAUUUGUUGAAACCGACGGAGCUGCCAUAGUGAUUCAUCGUGAUAGUGCUGAUUGAAUUCGCCAUCGUAGUUUUGCUGCUGCUGCUGCUGUGGAUUUGCAUACCUAGUGCAUCGGAAGGAAGUUUUGGUGCCGGUUUUUUGUUGUGGUUGCUGCUGGCCAUUUUGUAAGGAUUUUGACCGGAUUUUUGGUUGCGGAGUGCAACGAGAGUGCUUUUCGUCGUCGUUUUGUGUAUCAAAUCAGGUACGUGGUUUUUUUUUUGUUCUUUUUAAUGGAUUUUUUGUGGAUUUCUUUUGUGCGAUAAAAUUUUUGAUUUUAUUUUAUUUUGACAACUGAUUGGAUCCGAUUUUAAUUUUUUUGUGUAAUUUCUUGUGCAUUUCUUUUGAAAGGAUGACUAUGACGUCAGUUGCGGAACUUUACAUACCAUAUUCAAUGCCAUUCAGUCAAUACCAAGAGCAGCUUGAAUGGAUUUUUAAGCAUAAUGACUAUCCAGAGGCUCGUUAUAAAACGUCUUUCCUUGCAGUUUGUGGGAAAGAAGUUUUCACCGAACUAAAAAGGCUUUUUCCUGGAAAAAAUUUCAAUGAUCUUACUUACAAACAAAUGACAGAUGAAUUGAAGAAACGCUAUGACAAAAAUGAUUCUGCCGUAGUGCAUAGCUACAAGUUUUGGACAAAGAGGCAAGGCAGGAAUGAAUCUUUGGAAAAUUUCGUAAUUACCGUUAAAAAUUUAGCAGAACGAUGUGAUUUUGGAGAAUUUAAAGACAGGGCUAUACGCGACAUGCUUGUGAUUGGAGUUAAUGAUACUCAGUUGCAGAAAAGGCUUUGCGAUGAAGAAGAUUUGUCUGCUGCUAAAGCAGAACGGUUGAUUCUCAACUCUGAGAUUUCAGCCAGUAGGUCAAAGCAACUUAAUCAUGAUGAUGAAAGACGAGUAAGCAUAGUAGCAAGAUUAGGUCAGCGAUCUGAUGUUUCAAGGUCUAGAAAUAGAUUUAGAAACAGAAGUCGUAGUUUUGACAAAAAGCGAUCUAUUUCACCCAGAAGUAGGAGUAACAGCAAUUAUCGAGGCAAAAGAGGUGGAGUUUCUAGUAAACCGACUUACAUUUGUUCCUUUUGCAAGAAAUCUGGGCACACUAGAAAAUUUUGCUACCGUUUACACGGUAAAAGCCCCAGUAAAAGUCAAGCAAGCGUUAAAUUUAUAGAUUCUCCAAAGCCAUCUUCUAGCUCUAAAGAUUCAGGUCGAGAUUCAGGUCUUUUUAAGAGGUUGAAAAAAGAUUUGGAUUCAGACUCCGAUUACUCAGACGGUAUGCCUUGUCUAAUGAUUUCAUCCGUCAACAAGAUCAAUGACCCCUGCUAUGUGGAGGUGUUAAUCAAUAGGAGACGUUUGACCAUGGAAAUCGACUGUGGGUCAGCGGAGAGCGUGAUUUCGGAGGAGUUGUACCUGAGAAACUUUGCAAAUUGCGAGAUACAACGUUGCAAUAAAAAACUGGUUGUUAUUGACGGCAACAAACUUAAAGUUGUUGGAAAAUUUAAUGUGGAGGUACAGCUCGCCGGAAAUAGAAAGCAACUGAGCAUGGUUGUUUUACGCUGCAACAACAACUUUAUCCCGCUGGUGGGCCGCACAUGGUUGGACGAGUUCUAUUCUGGAUGGAGAAACACCUUCACCAACCCUCCUUUGACUGUUGGGAACAUUGACGUAGCUGACGAGCAAGAUGUUGUUGAAGAAGUAAAGCGUAAGUUUCCGACAAUUUUCACCAAAGAUUUUUCUAGUCCAAUAGUUGGUUAUAAGGGAGAUUUAAUCUUGAAGGAAGACACACCCAUUUUUAAAAAGGCCUAUGAAGUUCCAUUACGUUUGAGACAGCAAGUUGUUGAUUAUUUGGCGGAUUUAGAGGAGCAAGGAGUUAUCACGCCAGUUGAAGCCAGCGAAUGGGCUUCGCCGGUUAUUGCCAUUGUGAAGAAGGAUCAAAGUAUUCGUUUGGUGAUAGACUGCAAAGUCUCCAUCAAUAAAGUUUUGCUUCCAAACACGUAUCCUUUGCCAGUAGCGCAGGAUCUGUUUGCUACGCUUUCGGGUUCAACCAUAUUUUGUUCCUUGGACCUAGAGGGUGCUUAUACACAGCUGCUUUUAACGGAUCGUUCGAAGAAGUUCAUGGUGAUAAAUACCAUCAAGGGCCUCUACACAUACAAUAGACUUCCCCAAGGAGCCUCAUCCAGCGCAGCAAUAUUUCAAAAGGUCAUGGACCAAGUCCUUUGUGAUUUGGAAAAUGUUUCGGUUUAUUUAGACGAUGUGCUGAUAGCGGGUAAGGAUUUUAACGAUUGCAAGAAGAAACUUUUAUUAGUUUUGGAACGACUUGCCAAAGCUAACAUAAAAGUGAACUGGAAAAAAUGCAAGUUUUUUGUUACGCAGUUGCCUUACUUGGGACAUGUUUUAACAGACAAGGGAUUGCUUCCCUGUCCCGACAAAGUGAAAACUAUCCGUGAAGCGAAAGCUCCGCGGAAUGUUUCAGAAUUAAAGGCAUUUUUGGGACUAGUAACUUACUAUUCUAAGUUCAUUCCCAAUUUGUCCACACGCAUCAGCUGCCUUUACAAUCUUUUAAAGAAAAAUGUGACGUAUUGUUGGACAGACAACUGUGAAAAAGUUUUCAACGAUUGUAAAGGAUUUCUUUUAAACCCAAACCUUUUGGAGUAUUUUGACCCGUAUAAGCCUAUUAUCGUAGUAACAGAUGCUUGCAGCUAUGGUUUAGGAGAUGUAAUCGCUCAUUUGGUUGAUAACGAGGAAAAACCUAUUUGUUUCACCUCAUUUUCCCUCAACAGCGCACAGAAAAACUACCCCAUUUUGCAUCUUGAAGCUCUAGCCGUGGUUAGCACAGUAAAGAAAUUUCAUAAAUUUCUUUACGGGAUGCAUUUUACCAUUUAUACUGAUCACAAGCCUUUAAUCGGUAUUUUUGGCAAGGAAGGUAAAAAUUCCAUUUCUGUGACGCGUUUGCAAAGAUACGUUAUGGAGCUUUCUAUUUACGAAUACGAUAUUGUUUACAGACCUUCUUCAAGGAUGGGCAAUGCCGAUUUUUGUAGCCGUUUCCCUUUAUCUGAUGAAGUUCCUAGAGAGUUAGCAAGAGAGUACGUCAAAAAUCUUAAUUUUUCCAAUGAAUUUCCAAUCGACUACAGAGAGGUUGCCAAAGAAACUUUGAACGAUAAUUUUUUGCAAUCAAUUUUAAAAUACCUGAAGCAAGGUUGGCCUCAGAGAUUGGAAAGACGUUUUGUGGAUGUGUACUCUCACUACCAGGAGCUUGAAGAGGUCGGAGGAUGCGUUUUGUUCCAGGAUCGCGUGGUGAUUCCUGAGAGUAUGAAGAGCAAAGUUCUUAAAAUGCUUCAUAUGAACCACUCAGGUAUCAGCAAGAUCAAACAACUAGCUCGGAGGACAGUCUACUGGUUCGGACUGAACAAAGAUGUGGAGGACUACGUGAAAACCUGCGUGACAUGCCAUCAGAUGACAGCGAUCAACAAGAAGGCUCCCUAUUCCCAGUGGAUUCCAACGACAAAGCCAUUCAGCAGAAUUCAUGCGGAUUUUUUUUUACUUUGAUGAGAAAGUUUUCCUGCUUGUCGUUGACAGUUAUACAAAGUGGAUCGAGCUAGAGUACAUGCGCUAUGGUACGGAUAGCAAAAAGGUUUUAAAGGUUCUUAUAGAUAUUUUUGCCAGGUUUGGUCUGCCGGAUGUUGUGGUCACAGAUGGAGGUCCACCUUUUAACUCCGACAAAUUUGUGACAUUUUUGGAAAAUCAAGGAAUUUUGGUGAUGAAAAGU